UUCUACCCCUUUGUUCUCACGCAGUGCUUAGCACAUUGGUCUACAUAUAACAGGCUCAAUAUAAGGACUGGGUGCUAUUGCUUCUGCUGUUGCAUGUGCUUUCUCCGUCCUUUUAAUGGGCCUCUUUGCCCUCACCCAAGGCUUCCUGUCUCAGCUGCAGAAACCCAAGGCUCUCUGACACGUUACUGCAUUAAUUACCUGCCUACAUAUCCACCAGAUCCUGUCCACUUGUCUAUACAGGCUGGUGAUAGGUGAUGUGUAGGACCUCAGGAGAGUUGCUGACUCCUAGCAAGUCCAUGUGUACAGUGCAGCAUUAAUUUUUAUAACAUGGUUACAUGGAACCUAUUAAUAUUCUGCAAGAGGAGCACCCUGUUACUUGAGCCACCACACUUUCUAGGAAAAGAAAAACAUUGUAAAAUUUUAUUCUGUAACAAAGACACAAUAUAUAGAAUUUCAUGUGUGAAGUAAAAUGCCGACACAUCUCUAUUUCACUGCUUUGAAUAAGAAACAGGGCCUAUUACUGGGAAAAUUAGAGGCAGUCAAAUGUUAAGACGAUUUUUGUGGGAAGAUUUACGUAACAGGUGGGAAGGAGUGUGGUGGCGAGUGGUGCUUUCAUUAAUUUUUUUAAUAAGUUGUGUUCCCUUUUUAGAAUUUCACAAAUAUUAUUUUGCAACAAGUAUUAUUUUGAACAGUUGAUUGUACACCAUGGAUGAUUUACGGUAUGUGAAUAUAUCUCAAUAAAACGGAAUUUAAAAAAAAGAUAAAGAAAACUAAAACAUGAUAAAAUAAAAAAUAGCAUGGUUACGAGUUUUGAUAGGAUAAUCAGGCCUCCAAAUUAGUCCUGAAUGGUGCAGAAGCUCUUCAGGGAGGAGGGCAUUCGAAGAUAAGGGAAAAGUCUGGCCAAGGGUAAACUAUAUACAGUUCAGAAGUCCAGGAAAUGCACAUCGUUAUAAAGGGAAGAUGCUGCUAUCUAUAAUGUGGGAGGGUUCAAACCUCAUAGCAUCUUUGCAUUCUCACCUCUUUGACCAUUGCUCUUUCCUCCCCCCUCUAGGUCCUUCUGGUGCUCAAGGACAUGGGUCAGUCACCUUCCUCCACCCCUGAACAAUCCUAUGCUCAUGACUUGGCCUCCAGCUUUCAAGACUUUUUUAAGAAUUACAAGAUAGAAAGCAAAAUCCUCUCUUCAGAAACCAUCACUUCAAUCCAAUCACUUCUGGAGAAAGGAGAUGUUCAAAAGACAAUUUCUGUGAUCUGUGAUGCAUUGAAAGAGAUUGAGAAUGCCCCAAUAAACAUUGCUGUGACAGGAGAGUCUGGGUCAGGGAAAUCCAGUUUUAUCAAUGCCCUGAGGGGUGUGGACCAUGAAGGGAAAGAUGCAGCCCAGGUAGGGUGUGUAGAGACAACCAUGGAGAGAAAAGACUACAAACACCCGAAGAUUUCCAAUGUGACAAUAUGGGACUUGCCUGGCAUCGGAACCACCAAAUUCCCACCAGAGAAGUAUCUGAAGGAAAUGAAAUUUGGUGACUAUGACUUCUUUAUUAUUAUUUCUACUACACGCUUCAAAAAGAAUGAUGCUCAACUUGCCAAAGCAAUUAAAAAAAUGAAGAAGAAUUUCUACUUUGUUCGAUCCAAGGUAGACAGUGAUAUAUACAAUGAAAAAAAGAAUAAACCCAAGACUUUCAAUAAGGAUACUCUCUUUCAAGACAUCAGAAAGUACUGUCUGGAACAUCUUGAGAAAGCUGAAGUGACUGAUCCUUGUGUCUUCUUAAUCUCCAGCUUUGAUGUGUCUGACUAUGAUUUCCCAAAGUUGCAGACCACUCUUCUGAAGGAUCUCCCAGCUCAGAAGCGCCAUAUCUUUGUGCAGUGCCUGCCCUGUGUUACCGAGGCUGCCAUUGACAGGAAGAGGGAUUCCCUGAAGCAGAAGAUCUGGCUGGAGGCACUGAAGGCUGGAGCAUGGGCCACCAUCCCUUUCAUGAGUGUAGGGGGUGAUGAAAUGCAGACACUGAAGGAGACCUUAAAUCUCUAUAGAUCUCACUUUGGGCUGGAUGAUGAAUCCCUCAAAAACAUGGCUGAAAGUUUGAAUGUGUCACUGGAAGAGCUCACAGAAAACAUUAAGUCUCCCAAUUUGCUGUCAGGUCAGAAGGAUGAGGAGACCUUAGGGAAAACACUGUUGAAAUGUGUGGAGAAAAUCUUCUCCGUCAGUGGUGGCCUCAUUGCCACAGGCCUCUACUUUGGUAAAAUGUUCUAUUGGCAAACUUAUUUCCUUGACACAGUGGUGGAUGAUGCUAAAGUUCUCCUUAAAAAAGAAGAGAUUUUUAGGAUCGAUGCUACCUCUGAGAAAACCAAACCACUUCUGGAUGCUGAGUGUGAAAAUGGGAAAAGUGAAGCAGCUCUCCCCUGACUUAUCCUCCGUGUUUUCAUGACACUGGUUCUGCAAAGGUGGAGUCAGCUUUCCUUGACGCAGUCCCAGCUCACAGCCAAGAGUGGACCACCUCCUCCAUGACUGUUAUCUGAGAAAAAGAGCAAUCAGCUCUAAAGCAUCCAUCUUUGGGGACCCUCUUGGGAAAAUAAAGGAAAGGAAUCCAAAAUUCUUUGCAAAGAGGA